AACCGAGGGCUUAUAUUUAUAUUAUUAAAUUUAACUAUAGCUAAACUCUUUAUCUUUAUAAAUAAGUUAUUUAUAAAUAACGCUAAUUAUACUUUAAAACUAAGUUAUAUUAUUAUCCUUAUAAAUAAAAAACAAACUAACGAGAGCUUUAUAAUUAAUAAUAAUAUUAUCUACUAUAGCUCUAUAAAGAGCAAAAGGAUUACUCAGAGCGUAUUAGUAUUAAAGGUUUAUAAAAUAGUUAUAAAUAUUAACGUCGCCUAUACUAUUUUAACUACCCUAGACCUUAUUACUAAAUAA